AUGGUUGCCCGUCGUGGACCAGUAUCGCACAUGUAUUGUAACAACGCCACAAAUUUUGUAGGAGCAUCCAACAAGCUACUCGAGUUGAAGUUCAUGUUCAACACUAGCACUCAAGAUGCUAUCCUAUCAUAUUGUUCCUCUGAAGAGAUAACCUUUCAUUUCAUUCCACCUAGGGCUCCACACUUUGGCGGUCUUUGGGAGGCCGCUGUCAAGAGCGCAAAGGGUCUGCUGGUGCGUACCCUCGCUUACACCCGGUUCACCUUUGAGGAACUUAACACCGCAGUCGUUGAGAUAGAAGCAGUAAUCAACUCUCGCCCGCUGUCACCGCUAUCAUCUGAUCCCAACGACUUCAGCGCUCUCACUGCAGGACACUUUCUAAAUGGAAAUGCACCGCGCGCUCUGCCCGAGCGUGAGAUUAUCACCAACAACAUCUCCAACUUGGAUCGUUUCGAGCAGAUCACAGCUGUUAAACAGCAAUUCUGGCGUCGUUGGUCUGCGGAGUAUGUGAACGAGCUUCGAGCUAGGACAAAGUGGACUUCGGCUUCUCCAAAUCUCACGGUUGACUCUAUAGUCAUCAUACAUGAGGACAACACACCGCCAUUACACUGGAAAUUAGGCCGUGUUGAGUCUGUUGUGAGUGCAAAGAUGACCGUGUUCGUGUCGCAUAUAUUCGCACUGCCUGUAGACUCUGUUGCCGGCCAGUACAUAAGCUGGCAUUUCUACCUGUCUCUUGAAAUAUAA